CUGAACAACAUAAUGAAAAUAAAAUGAUGUUGAGAAGAAAGAGGAAAAAAAUAACUCCAGUGAUCAGCAAACUGUUCAGCAGCGUGCUGAUUAUUAUCAGCGUUUAGCCGAAAAGAGAGAAGCUGAACUACAAGUUAUAAAACAAAAAGCUUUAGAGGCUGAGAUGUUAGCUCUUGAAAAAGAAAAGGAAGCUGAAAUGAUUUCAAAACUUCAAAGAAGCGCUGAGGAAAAUUUAGAGUAUCAGAAAAGGUACAUUGAAGCGCAAGGAAGAAUAAAAAAUGUGGAUCAGAAACUAUCAAAUAAUGUAAGUGUUCCUUCUUCAUCAAAUUCAUUCGUCAACGCAUUCUCAGCAUCAACUUCUUGGGCGCAGGAUAUUGAUUCCCUAGUGACCGAUUCUUCAGGAGAAUAUGCAAAUUUUGUAGAAAAUUUUGAUUUCAAAACGGAAAGAGAAAGAUUUCAGGAAGAAAUGGCUUCGAUGAGAAAACUUAAGCGGCAAAUGAUAGUAGCCUUGUAUAAAAAUUCGAAGCAAGCCGAAGGACAAGGAAAAAGUAACGACAAAGGAAGAGGUGAUGGACGAGGAGAUAUUGGCAGAGGUGGAUAUGGUAGGGGAGGAUACGGUAGAGGAGGAAGAGGACAAAGUGGAGGAGGUGGAAAUUACCAUUAUUAGGCAUAAAACGCAAAUCGUUGUUUUUUGUCUUAAUUUGGAAAUUUCUAAAUUGCCUCUAACUCAUAUUUUACGUUCUGAUUUGCCCAUGGUUAAAGCAUAACACUGUUGAUUUGCGAGCUUCAGAAACGUAGCCUUCUUGUAUUUUUUAACACUUUGUGUAUUUUCAUAUGCGUAAAGCAAUAUCAAGAUAUAUUUUUUCAUCGAAAAUAUUAUUGUCCUUUAAGGAAAAACAUUAUAUCACUUGU